GAUUAAUUAUUAUAUUAAACCUAAUAUAAAAAUAUAGGGCAUGACUCAUACUUUGAGAUUUGGGAGUUUCGUCAUUUUAGAAAAUUUGUCUUUAUUAUUUGACAGAUGGAACUGCAUGCUACACUCUUCAGAUUAAUCUUUUCCCGGCAUGAUUUCAUCUGACAUCAUUAUCAAAUUACAUCAUUUUUCUACUAUAAAUCUGCUAAAAUCCUAGGAUUUUACAAUUUAAUUUCUGUUUUUCUUCCAUUUUUUCAUUGCUUCAAAACCCUAAUUUCCGACUAUUUUAAGGCUUGAUCUGUAAAUGUCGACUGCAAAUGCAUCCUACAAUGGUAGGAGAAGUAGCAGUAAUCGCCGCAUUAUUGAAUCGAAUCCAAUGGAAAGUGAUACGAGCUUGAUUACGAGCAACAAUGGCGGCGGUGUUAGCGGUAGUAAUCCAGAAGCAGUGAAAUUGUAUGAAGCAAUUAUAUUUUCUGGUCCAAUCGUGUUCACAUUGAUCAUCAUCUUCUUGUUUUACUUCUUUUAUCUUCGAAGGCAUAGUGUUGAUUGGUCGUCUCUUCGUAUGCGAGCGUCUAAUUCUGCUGCUGUCGCCGCCUCCGCUUCCGAUGCUGUUGUGGUGGUUGAAUUGGGGUUGAAGAAAGAAUUUAGGGAGAUGCUGCCAAUUAUUGUGUAUAAGGAGAGCUUUUCUGUUAGAGAUACACAGGACAAUGGAGAAUAGAACUUUCAAAUGUGGAGCAGUUUCAGUCCAAGCCUAAUGUUGUGCCUGAAGCAACUUGGAGUUGGAUUUGUGGUGCCCAAACUGAUUCCUUUAGUACUAUGUCCUCCAUCCCUUCACUUAUUUCUGAUUAGUGCAUUGAGUAUAUUUUAUUUUCUAUCAUGUUUUCCUUAUUCCUUUAUGGGAGAAAAUGAAGAGAAAGGGAGGGGGAUAAAUCACCAUGUUUGGAUAAAGGAUUGAGGGACACAAGGGGGAGGGAAAGAGAGGGAUUCAUUUUCCCACCUCGUUUUACUAUCCCUCCAAAAUUGGAGAGAUUUGGAGGGAAAGUGAAGCUCCACUUUCUCCCUCCCUUUCUUUCCCUUCCCUUCCUCCUAUUUCCUUCCCCUCCCUUUCCCUUCUAAAUUGUUAUCCAAACAUGCUGUUAGAGAUGCUAUUCAGGGUCUUCACUGGUUAGUAUGUGCUUGUUUAACUAUUGUACCUGGAGCCUUUCUAACCUCCCAAUAAAAUUGAUCAAGAAACAAUACAACUAUAUAAGCCAUGCACUCCUAUUGCAACUGCAAUCAUCCAAGCUAAUACCUCACCAGUGAUAAAACCCUAGUUGUCUUAUGUAAGAUGAUCCGUAUAUAUAAGGGAAGUUUUUAUUCUUUACAUUGGGUCGCUAAUUUUUUAUAAAACCAAUCAUUAAUGGCACAUCUCAUAGUCUUCCAGUGUGAAAUUUGGAGUAUGCAAUGUUCUGCAUUCAAUGAAUUCAAAUGUUCUUAGGUGUUAUUCUUAGUCUGUUACUUUAUUUUAGGGCCGACUGAAUUCAAACUUUCAUUAGGUUUUAUUCUUAGUUUGUAAAGACUAAAGAGGAAUGACCAUCCAACAUGGAAAAUUAUCCAAAUUACCCUGCCCCUAACUAGUUUGAUCUCUUUAGAAUUGCUCCUUAAUUUACUUCCUCCACCCCUGAAUAUAAUAAAUAAAUGAAUUAAUGUGAUUCAAAUAAAAUAAAACAUUAUGAGAGCACUAGCAGCUAAAUAAGUGGGGUUAUCAUUAAUCAAUUUGGCCAUUGGUCAACAAACAAGAUAUUAUUUAUGCUCCUUCUAUCCCUUUUUGUUCAACAUUCUUUCUUUGGAUACCCUGAAACAUUUGUUUGCUUUCUAGUUUCUACUGUAUACACCCAAAUAUGGAGUUAUAUGUUUUCCUUUUCACACAUUUCAUUAUGGUAAGUAUCAAUUAAUGCAUGGCAUAACUCACUUUUACAUGUUUAAAGUCAUCAAAAAAGUUGCUUUUAUCUAAACUAGUUUUGUAGUAUUUUUGUUCUUUUUCAGCUUUUGAAACAUGUUUGAGACAAAGUGAGUAGUAGGAUGGAUACACUCUUAGAAUUACUUGUGUUUGCAGCUUAUAGCAUGCAACUCAAUGUCAAAUGAGUGCAUAAGGCUCCCAUUUUUAACAUGGUCAAGGGGUCCCUAUGUACAUAAAUAGCAUCCCCACAAGCCUACUACAAUCCAGAUAGCAGUAUAGCAUGAAUUAGGGCCGACUGAAAAUGCGUCUAGCUGUUGAAUCCAGAUAGUUGAUCUGGUCCAUUAUCAUCCUAAGUAGAAAUUUUGUGUAUGGUGUUUUCAUCUUGUUAAUACUUCUUUAGAAUCUUAGAUACUAUAUUGGGAUAUAUUGAAUGUUGUGAUUAAUCUUGAAUGAAAUAGUAAUGAUUUAUGAUCAAAUCAUCAGAUCCCUAAUAUUUCCUUACAUAAAUUAUGUACUACGUAAUUGGUUGGCGUCUUGACGAUAGCAAGUGAUGUAUGACAGAGUGAUAGACAUACCACUAGUAAUAUAAAGAUAUAUGGUAAGGUAUAUGAUAUACGUAAUCUUGUGAAAUUGUCAUGGUGUGACGAGUGAAAGCUCCAGAAUCCAGACAGAUAGAGUAGUUAAGAUCAACAAACGUAUUCAAGAUAAGCCAUUUUGAUUUUCUAUAACGUGACACAACUAACUUUGUUUUUCUAAUUGCUGGUCUAUAUAUAUUUGUCAUCAACCAAUUUCCUAUACAUGAUCUGUGGGCUAGUCUGGGGCCUAAUCAUCCCCAAAACUGAUCCACAUAACUUAUGACCUGGAUUAGACCAUAGGCCAGGUGGGUGGGCUUUUUGUCCCAACAGGCCAAGCUGGUCUUGUGCUUGGUUCUGUUAUGCCCACUUGUCACUUGAAUUGGUUCGCCUGGUAAUGCAUCUUGUCUUGCCCGUGUUGAAUUGCAGCCAGGUUUGACCUGUGAGCUGGUUUGGCUUGGCCGUGCCAAAUUCAGAACACAUGUCAUGCCUACGGUUCACACAAUUUUCCUUGAACUCCAAGCAAUGUCAUGUUUUUAUACAUCUUUAUAUCUUCACUAUCUUUGGUUAUUCAAAACCCAGUCCCAAGUUUUAUACAAGUAAUAAUUUUUCAAGGAUGUUACAUGAGAUGGGUGAUAUUGUGGUUUCCUUCAAUUAGUUCUAUGUAUUAUUCUUUUUGUUUCUUUGGUCACUUCAUUCUUGAAAUAUAUCAAGUGGUAGCUUUGCUCCUACGUAAUUGAUGUAAAAGUUAUACCUGGGUGCUUGGAUGUUAAUUGAUAUACAUGUGGUCAUCAUCUUCAAUUUAGAACUACCGUUAAAGCUUGGAUUUAUUCUACCUUAUAAUUUAAACUGCUCCAUGGGCACUUAAAACAAUUUAGUGGUGAUCAUAUUUAUCUUGUCAACAACCUGUGGGUUAUUUAUGCUUUCCUUAUUGAAAAUAAUUGAUCAGUCGAUAGAGUAUUCUUUGGUCACAGCGAGCUUUUAGAAUAUGGAGGUGCAUAUCACUAUGAAUUUUUGACCCAUCUAACGUUUUAGUUAUAGUAACUAAAGAAAGUUAUGUCCAUGUGUAGGAUGUGAUUGCGGGGAAAAAAAUAGGAAAAAACAAUACUCAAAUUUGGUUUAUAUGAUUCAUUAAUCCUAUUUAAUUGUGAAAAUUCUUGUUUUAAUUGGUAGAAUUGUUUUUGUAAAGCUUUUUGAUUUUUUUUUUUUUUCAUGAGUAAUCUGCCCAAUUCUCUAAAGAUCUUCUCCAUCGUCCUUCACCAUUGUUGUGAAAUCAUCUGACUGGUAAAAUUCAUUUUAAACUUUGUGUACUGGUCCGCCUGUGACCUCCAUCUAGUCACCAUUAUGUGUUAAAAGAGGUUUUGAUACCCUUACUGAUUAAGUUAGAGCAUCAUACUUUUAAAAAUUUAUUUUGUAUGAAAAAAGUUGUAAAGGGAUAGUUGAUCAAAAAGUCCUAGUUCUCUUUCCUGUCAAAAAAGAAAAAAAAAAAGAAAAAGAAAAAAGAAAAAAAAGUCAUUGUUUUUUUAAGGUAUUACACUAGGAAAAAGAAGUCCACAUGAGUGGUGAUUUUGUUUUUUGAGAUCCCACAUAAAAGGUAGUUAUGGGCUAACUUUCCUUGAUUUGAGUUGUGUAACGUACCUUGCUUGUGUUUGUUUUUUUUUGUUUUUUUUUUUUUUUUUUUUUCUAGAACAAAUAUUUGCGAUAUGACUCCUAUGAGGCCUUUUUUUAGUGAAGAUUUAGAGUUACUAUGUAGGGAUUGCUCAGUGUCAGAGACUCAGAGUGAACUGGAAAGUGUGAGACGAAGAUUUGAUUAUUUUUGGAGAUUUGACAUAUUUCCAUACAGCUUGUAUAUUUUGACGUGGUGGUGAUAUACUGAUAUAUGAACGCUUGCCGAUACCGGUAAUCCAUACGCCUUGUAUAUCUGGAUGUGGUGUUGUUAUAUGGACUCUUGCCAAUACUGAUAUAUAUCCAUACGCCUUCUAUAUUUUGACGUGGUGAUGUAAUAUGAACUCUUGCCAAUACUGAUGAAUAGCUUCAGCUGAUAUAUUUCAAUUCACCUUGUAUAUUUUGACGUGGUUGUGCUAUAUGAACUCUUGCCAAUACUGGUAUAUAGAUUUCUUUGAUUGAGUUCUCUCACCUUGUUUUGUUGGUGAUCUAGGAACUGCGCUGAUCAUGUCAGCCUACAUAGUCAAUUGACUUCUCUCUUUUUCUGUAUUUUCUUGCAUCUCUUUUUUUUAUUUCUUCCAGAAAAUUUCUGCUUAUUUGCAUGUAUAAAUAUCUCAUUAAAUCAACCAUA